AUGGCUAAGUUCAAACUCGAUAUAAAGUUUCUUGGAGACUUGUUUAUUCUUGCGGGAGCUGGGCUCUCAGUAUAUUUCAUACUCAACAAUAUACUCAACGACUAUGUAGACAACUCUAUGAAGAACAAGGAAUCGGAGAAAAAGGGCAAGGGCAUUCUCAAGAAAUUACAGAGUUCUAAUCCGCACCUCCGCAACAUCUCCCUCAACCAGUACGAGAAGCUGUUGCUCAAUUCGUUGGUUACACCAGAAGAAAUAUCAGUAACUUUCAAUGAUGUGGGCGGUUUGCAAGACAUAAUUGACGAGUUGAGGGAAGCGGUGAUUCUUCCUUUAACAGAACCAGAGCUUUUCGCUACCCAUCUGGAUUUGAUCCAGUCACCUAAGGGUGUCUUAUUCUACGGUCCCCCUGGAUGUGGUAAGACAAUGUUGGCCAAAGCUAUUGCCAAAGAAAGUGGUGCGUUUUUCUUGCUGAUAAGGAUGUCGACUAUUAUGGACAAAUGGUACGGUGAGUCGAACAAGAUCACCGAUGCCAUCUUCUCACUUGCUAACAAAUUGCAACCCUGUAUUAUUUUCAUUGACGAAAUAGAUUCGUUUUUGAGAGACAGGUCUUCCAGCGACCACGAAGUCAGUGCCAUGUUAAAGGCUGAAUUCAUGACGUUGUGGGACGGCUUGAAGUCUAACGGAAGAAUCAUGGUAAUGGGCGCUACCAAUCGUAAGAGUGACAUUGACGAAGCCUUCUUGAGAAGAUUACCCAAAACUUUUGCUAUUGGCAAACCAAACGAAUCGCAAAGACGUUCCAUAUUGUCUAAAAUACUAAGUGGAGCCAAGCUCGAUGAAAAAGAUUUUGACUUGGAAUACAUCGUUGCUAAUACAAAAGGCUUUAGUGGUUCUGACUUGAGAGAAUUAUGUCGUGAAGCUGCCAUUCUUCCCGUCAGGGAGUACAUCAGAGAGAAUUACAACUAUAGGAGUGGGAAGUUGAGCAAGGAUGAAAAUGAAGACAUGCCUGUUAGACCGUUGAAGACUUCUGAUUUUGUAAAGACUGCCGAGUCCACCAUUCAACCUGCUACCAUUGAUUAG